AUGUCGGUGGUCGAGACGACCGUGCGCCGAGCUACCGCGUUUGUGGCGGAGCCAGUUGUUGCGGAAGCACCACUCAACGCGGAUGGCUUGCUCACUGUGCGCGAGGCGGCCGUCGACCAAAGCCUUCUCGCUCAGUCGUCCACCGAGCGCACGGCCGCCGCGCUGGCCCUUCGACUUGUCCAAACGAGCGCGUCGCAGGCUGUGGCGACGCGCGCGAUCGCAUCGCUCGUCGCUGUCGAGCGCCAAGCGGUCAUCGCGCGCAACGUACAGCGAGCCGCCUCGGCGAGUGUCGAGGCGAUGUGCGCAAGCGUCCGAGGCAAGCACGCGCGCCGACUCCAAGGAUGGUACCGCUACUGGCGCAGCCUCCGGCACUUGCGGCGCAUCGCCGGCCGUCUCGUCCGCCAGUCGGCGGUGGCGGGCGGCUUCGUGCAUUGCAGAGGCAUGGCGCCGGCAUCGACGACGGCGCUUACUGGCCACCGCUACGUCGUUUGCCUCUCGGUCGCUGGUCUCGAUGCGAUAGCGAUACACGCCGAGACGGUGCGUGUCCUCGCCGCGUUGACGCUGCAAGUCGAGUGCAGCUGGCAGGUCGCCCAAGCGGUCACGGCGAGCGCUCUGGUGAGCAGUGCGAAGCAGGCGACGGCGCGCGUGCGACUGCAAGCAGCGUGGCGCCGGUACCGCCGCCGACGCCGACGCUCGCACCUCCGCGUCUGCGUCGUUUCGUGGACGACCACCGGGUUGUCUGCAGUCUACACGAGCCGCACAGCAACAGCGCGACGCCUCGCAGCGCUGCGGCAGCGCCACGCGACGCGAGUGCUCGCGCGCGCGUGGCGGCGGCACCGCGUGCGACGCAUCUACCGCCUCGAGUGUGCCUGCGCCUCGACGCUUCAGCGAUGGCUGCGACCGCGUCUGCACCGCCGCCGGUGUCAGCGGCGGCUCCAGCGGUUUGCGCGGCGCUUUGUCCAAAAGAAGAUUUGGUCGUCGGCCACGCUCCUCGCCGGCGACACCACCACGUACUUCGCGCUCUGGCUCUACCGCGGCUCGGCGUGGGUCUCGUGCGUGUUGCAUCAAAAGCGGGGGCUCCUCGAGCUGAAUACGCCCACGUCCAAUUACCUCCGGCGCGUGCAGCGCGACCACGACUUGGCCGCGCUCGACAUCACCAACCACCUUCUGGUCCGCGAGACGCCACGCGGCGUCUUGCUAGCGCUGCCGCCGACCUUCAACUUGCAAGCGCAGCUGCAGCGGUCGCAGAGCCUCUCGGUCCUCAACCAAGGCAAAGUCAAGCCACCCGCGCGCUCCGUGCUCGCAACCGCCGUCACGCUCAGCGUCGACGACACGCUCCAGAGCCUGCUCGACGGCCGGGACGUCAACGAACGCAACGCGCUCGGCGAGACGCCACUGCACCUCGUGCUGACGCCACCGCGCGGCUUUGACGACAAUGACGCGCGGGACGCGAUGCUCACCUUUCUGCUCGAACAGGCGGCGGACGUCGACGCGCGCGACUACGACGGCGUGACGCCGCUCAUGCGCGCAGCCGAGGCUGGGGAUAUCCGCGGCAUCACGCGGCUGCUCGACGCCGGCGCCGCGAUUCGUGCGGUCGACAACAAGGGCUACAACGCGCUGCACCGGGCAUGUGCCAAGAACCAAGUCGCAACGGUCGAGUUCUUGGCCGGUCGCCCAGCGCUCACGACGGCGUCGUACGACGGCAUGUUUCCGUUGCACAUGGCGGCGCUCCUCGGCCACGCGUCGGUCGCAGUGGCGCUCCAAAAUACGACGUCGAUCGAUGCGAGUCUACUGCGCUCGUGCAAGGCCGACUUGAACGCCGGGGACGCCCGAGGCGAUACGCCCUUGCACUGGACCGCGAUCGCUGGCAACCAAAAGCUUUUGCAGCACUUGCUCAACCUCGGUUGCGACACAUCGCUGCACAACACGGACUGGCACACGGCCCUCGACGAGGCCACUGCGGCGGGGCAGCGUGGCUGCGCAGAGCUGCUGCGUCGCGCGGCGCCGUCCACGCGCGGACCCCAGGCCGCGUCCACGUCUUACAUUCGCCUCCACGAGCUCAUGGCCGAGAGCACCGACAUCCACAGCAUGUACCUCCGCUACGACGAGCCGUUCGCCCGCGACAAGGAUGUGCCUCACGACGGCCCGACCGACGAGGUUGACGUAACCAAGGACGUCGUCGAUGACGCAGGCUGUCUCGCGCCAAGCGUCUCUGUCGAGGACGAGCUGCCGCCAGAAGCAGCAGAGCCCCGUAGCCCGACUCUCGUCACUCUGCCCCCGGAGAUGCACGACGGCGCCGCGAUGAGCACCAACGACGCAUCGAGAGACGACCCUACGAGCGGUGGAAAAGCAACAGACGACUCGGAGCCUGGCGUCUCAGGUCCGUGUGAGUAUGCGGCAGACGAGAUACUGUCGUCGACGGCAUCUGCGCCCGACGACGUCCCAACGCCCUGCGCGAUGGAAGAGGACGCUUUGAGCGUUGAGAUCUCGCAUCUCGACCCGGACGCGAACGAUGUUUUGCUCGAGCAAGAGGCCGCAGAGCCGUUGGUAAUGGCGCAAGACAACACCGAGUACGACAUUCGCAUCGAGCCAAACGCCGCACCGCUGCUCGAAGAAACAUACUACGAGAAAGGGACCACCGACGACGGUGCUUCCGAGGACGCUAUUUAUGACCCCGCCUGCGAUCCUACGUCGCUUGCCACCACCAACUCGACUCCGUACGACGCCUCUCAGUACAUUGUGUACGACACAUCCGAGUACGCAGUUGACAGCACUUUCCAAGAUACAGCCUACGACGCAUCUCAGUACGCAGGCUACGAAGCCUCCCAAUACGCUGGCUACGAACCUUCCCAGUACACUGGCUACGAUGCCUCCCAAUACACUGGCUACGACGGAUCUCAGUACACUGGCUACGAUGCCUCCCAAUACACCGGCUACGACGCCUCGGUCUACGAUCCUUCGCAGUACACUGGCUACGACGCCUCCCAAUACGCUGGCUACGACUACUCGCAGCCCACAGAGCCUACUGUCUACGAAACGUCUCAGGGCACGGCGUACGACCACUCGCAGCCUGCUGGCUACGACACUUCGACGUACGGCUACUACGAGAGCAAUGCAACUGAUGUCAGGCCAACGGGUGAUGCGAGCACGGACGAGGCGGGGUCGAUGACACAACCCGAGCGAGACGACCGAACGUACGAAAUGGACGCCGUCAGCGACGCCUACGAGAUCUGCAUCGGAGACGAAUCGCCCGAGACCGAGAUGGAGCGCGACACGGACGACGACGACGACUACGGCACCGCCUUUCCCGCCGUCGAAGACAGUUUGUUUGACGACAAGCCGCAUCUGUCGACUGCCAUGGAGCCCGACAAGGAGGCGAGUCCUCGUAUCCAGUAA